CAAAUUCACAGUGACACAAGAGGCAGACCACACUCGCGCUGACGUACUCCAAUGCCCCCAAAGCACAGCAUAGCAAAUCAACUGCGACCUCACGGCUAAAGAGUUGCCUUUUUCGGGGGAUUCGGCGUUCCCUUUACCCAUCAUCAAAUCCGAUCGAAACGCGGAAACUACCCCGCCGGGAAAGAUGGUGGCGUACCUCAACAUCCUCCUCUACGGCGUCGGCGGCAUAGUCUUCACCGGGAUGGCCUUGCUGGUUGCCUUUCAAGAGCGGCUCGUCUACGUCCCCGUCGUCCCUGGUCUCACCAAGUCCUACCCGAUUACUCCCGCCCGCCUCCGUCUCACUUACGAGGACGUCUGGCUCCGAUCCUCCGAUGGCGUCCGCCUCCAUGCCUGGUUCAUCAAGCUCUUCCCUGACUGCAGAGGUCCAACCAUCCUUUUCUUCCAGGAGAAUGCAGGAAAUAUUGCUCAUCGUCUUGAAAUGGUCCGCAUAAUGUUACAGAAGCUGCAGUGCAAUGUGUUCAUGCUUUCUUACCGUGGCUAUGGAGCGAGUGAUGGAUCUCCUUCCCAGCAUGGAAUUACAAAGGAUGCUCAGGCUGCAUUGGAUCAUCUCUGUCAGAGAAAUGAUAUUGAUACCUCAAGAAUAGUCGUGUUUGGCAGGUCACUGGGUGGUGCUGUUGGAGCCUUACUUACGAGAAACAACCCCGACAAGGUUGCUGGUAUUAUACUGGAAAAUACUUUUACGUCUAUUCUGGAUAUGGCAGGAGUUCUCCUCCCCUUUCUAAAGUGGGUGAUUGGAGGAUCUGGUGCAAAAGGUGUUAAAAUUCUUAACUUUGUCGUACGCUCUCCAUGGAACACAAUCGAUGUGAUUGGCGAGGUGAGUGCAGACUUUGGGGAACCACCCUUCCUCAGACAUUUCAAAUAUGACUCUUCUGCAUUCGCACAUUUAAAUACGAUGUCAUCUGAAGUUGUUCAGCGACCAAUCCUUUUCCUGUCGGGUUUGCAAGACGAGAUGGUUCCGCCGUCCCACAUGCAGAUGCUUUAUGCCAAAGCAGCUGCUCACAACAAGGAAUGCAUUUUUGUGGAUUUUCCUUCCGGCAUGCACAUGGAUACCUGGCUGGCUGGUGGGGAUCAUUACUGGGCUACUAUUCAGCAGUUCCUUGAAAAAUAUGCUCCGAGGAAUGAUGAACCUGAUUCUUCAAGCGUUACCAGCCAUGAUUCUGAAGGGCGAUGACGUGUUUCGAUGUUGAAUUUUGAGAACUCAUCGGGGGACCUGAAAAGUGUGUGUAUGUUUUUCUGUUUGAAGUUGCAGCAACUAAAAGCUCAAUGUGAUGGAGGUGUUUGAGGGUUUGCUGCUGCUGCUGCUUAUUGGGACCAAAAAAGGGUAAAAGAAACGAGUGAAACAAUACUGGUCUUCUUACUGUGGCGGGUUGCCACUUGCCAUACCUUAGAAAACAGGAGGCAGUAGUCGAAAGCUCAAUUCAGUAGCGAGCUCCCUUUGGUAUAAUGUAGUACCUUUGACUUUUUGACUCGUCACUAUAUAAUACUAUAUAGGUGGUCAGUUUCUGACUUCUUAUUAUUUGUAUGCAAAUAAUUCUAUCUUCAUUAUUUUCCCAAGAAAGUGAAAAGAGAAGAAAAUGGAUCUUGUGCUGAUCUUGGAUUGUUCCUGUAUAUUUUGAUGAUAUAUUGACAACCAUUUUGUUUGCCUGAUCGUAAUGUCAAACCUUCUCG